AUGCCGGAUUCUGAUCGUUGCGUCGGACAGCUUUUCCCCCGUCUGGGCUCUGUGCUCUGGCCUGCUCUGGCCAGGGCUAUGCUAUCAUUGGGGGAACGCAACCUCCGGGGUUCGGGAUGGGCCUUCGUUUCAGCUGUUGCCGCGGGGCAUGCAAGGGAUGCAGCCGCCGCGGGGUCAGUGCUCUGGCGUCUUCGGGGAAUCGCCGCACCCGUUCCAGCAAUCUUGUUCGAAGGGCCACUGUUUGCCGAUAAGCCAAUGGGAUCUCGGGACGGGCAGGAUCCUGGAGUGAGAUCAUAUCCGGCGAAAGGUAAAAUGGCGACGGUUCUGCUUUCUCACGGGGUAUCCAUGUCUGCGACCCCCGACUUGGCCGUCAAUGCUGCUGUACGUGGUCAUGGCCCUCAGAUAGCAGAUCGAUCUGGCGUCGAGACCAGCCGGAUGGCACCGUCCGGCCCAUCCAUGUCAAUCAUCCUCCCAUCGUCGGGGUCAUUUGACAAGCCUGUGCAAAGCGGACCAGGCGACAUCAUCCAGCCUGUUCCAGCCACCUUGAGUCGCCGUACCUGCGAUAGUGCACCGUCCGACGAUCCUACGAUCCUCCUGCUGAGCGCAGAAGAAUCUCCUUUCUCCCCCCGCAAACAGGCUGCCCCUCCCCGAUCGCCAUCUACCAUCCCUUUCAAGGCCAUCGGUUCUGAGAUGGAUGUUGCACAGCGCUGCACAUACUCGGUCCCGCAUCGACAGCAGACAGCAGACAGCAGACAGCAGACAGUCGACGCCGUCCCGCAGGCCAUUCUAGAGCGAUCCUGCACUAUGCCACUUCGUACAUACACGGCAAAGUUACAGAAAAAGUGGACGAACGCCGGGGAUUACUUGCGGCCACGGCACGCCUCAAGCUCGGAUCAUUUCCAAGCGGGAGGCGGGAGCGGUACGCCACAUAGUGCUCCAUCCAUCGAGCGACAUGGAGGGAAAGGCUGGAUGCGCGGAUGGGCCCCGGAAGGUGGGGAGGAAGGGAAAGGGGGGGAGAGGAGGGAGGAGCAAAAUCUUCUGGUGCAUAGCCCGAUGGACUGGUCCCUCAUGGCUGGCAUGGUUAUGCCAGAUGAUCGUCGAGAUGACCAGGUCGGCGGGACUGUGAUCGAGCGGGAUCUGGCAAUCUGGGUGCUCGGGAUGGCAGUGCAUAGGCCUGUUGUUCGGGGCAGAGGCAGAAGAGGGAUUAGUGGAUUGAGGGUGAUGCCACGGCGAUGA